AUGAAACCCGCUAGAAAACAGGUGGACGAUUCCAUAUUUAAAGUGGGUCCAACAAAAGCCGAUCGUCCCGACGCAUUUUACAACAUAUGGUACAAUAAGUGGUCUGGUGGAGAAAGAACGUUAAAGUAUUCGAGGCAAAGACGCGAUGCCGAUUGGAUCUUGACGCCGGUGAGACGAAGGCCGACAAAAUGCCUAACACAUACUUUUGUAUAUAUUUCGCUCGCGGAUGUUGUCCUUUUGGUCACGAGUGUAAUUACUGGCACAGAAUACCAUCAGAAUCUGAUCCGGUGGAUACGACAAUCGACGUGUUUGGGCGCGACAAGUUUGAUGAAUAUCGUGAAGAUAUGGGUGGCGUCGGUUCGUUCAACAGGGAAAAUCGAACGCUCUAUGUCGGAUAUAUCCACAUUGGUCCUGACAUGGAGGAAAUCGUUCGCAAACAUUUUGGCGAAUGGGGAGAAAUCGAAAAAGGUGGUUCUUUUGGUUUGCUUGCUUUUAGUUUCACAAUCACUGACGAUAAGCAUUUACUUGUUAUCAGUUAAGAUCCUCAAGGAUAAAGGCGUGGCGUUCGUAACAUAUCAGUGCAUACUUAAUGCCGAAUUUGCUAAGGAGGCGAUGAGCAACCAAAGUUUAGAUCACAAUGAGGUGCUUAAUGUACGAUGGGCCACCGAUGAUCCGAAUCCACGCGCGAAGGCGGAAUUCAAGCGAAAGGCCGAAGCCAUAGCCGCUCAGGCAAUACAAAAAAGUCUUCCCGCAGAGUUUACAUUGGUGAAUGAUGAUUAUAUAAAUAAAAGGCCUAGGAUGGAUGACAGCUUCACUCAGGAUCAGUAUGGUCUGGAGGGAUAUCAAAACCCACAGUACAUUGAACAGUCCAUCCAUCACAACAAACUUGUGAGACAAAAUGCCGAAGCCUCAACUUCGACCAAAGGCGCAUCUAUCGAUCAUAAAAAUGCCAUUAUCUCAGCAGAAACCCUGGAAAAUAUAAAAUCAAUUUCACAAAAUAUUUAUAAGUCCAAUACGAAGACGAACACAACACAGAGUAACGAUAGCAAAGCGUUGAUUCAACUUGCUGACUAUGGAACUGAUGAGGAAGAGAGCGACGAGGAGGAGUAA